UGCUUCUUGUAAGGUAUUUUGUCACAGAGAUCGAGAAAACGACUGAAAAGCGAUGCGAUAAGCGUCAGCUCCAUGGACAUAUCGAUGGAGUCCGACAUGGGCAAGAAGAAAAAACGCCGCAGAAUCACGGAGGUGGCCAGCAGUAUAUUUUCUACUUCUGCUGCGACCAGCAAAUUGGGAAAUACUUUACAUAGGUCCUUCACGAUCCAGCCGAACUCCUCGGAUCUGUCUAUCGUCGAGGACGAAACAGAUACGAGAACGUUACGAAAAAGAUUAAAUAAUACUAUCGAAAGCUGUAACAAUUUGGCAAUUAAAAGUUGGAUGUCAGACGUCGCACAACCACAUGGCGAGGAACGAUUGAACAGUAUAUUAAGUCAAAAUGAGAUCAAGCGGCAAGAGACCAUCUAUGAAUUAUAUUGUGGCGAGAAUGUGUUACUGAAUGAGCUGUAUGUGCUGAGAAAUUUCUAUUAUGAACCAAUGUUAUCCAUUGAAAUCUUUACAUCUGAGGAAUUAUCCAUACUUUUUGGUGAUCUCGUAAAUCUUAUUGAAAUACACAGUAACUUGAGGGAUGAAUUAUUCAAGCUGCGGGAUAGAUACGGAUUUACGAAAACUGUGGGCCCUACAUUAUUAAAUUGGCUAUCGACAUUGAAGAAACCAUAUUUGGAAAGGUGCAGAACAUUGAUUUGGGCGAGGCAUUUAUUGGACGAAAAGAGAUUUACUAACAAGAGAUUCCAGUCGUUUUUAAAAAAGCGCCUAGAAUUACCACAUUCUGUCGAUUUAUGGACUUAUCUGGAUGUACCACGGUCAAGAAUCGUGAAAUAUCCGCUACUAAUAAAAGAAAUCUUGAAAUAUACACCUGCUACUGAUGCAGAUUAUUUGCCUUUGAAAGAAGCAAAGGAUGUACUAUCUGAUUUGUUAAAGGACAUCAAUUGCAUUAUGGGUGAAGCCGAGUGUAAGCUUGCUCAAUCAAAAAUAAAUGCAAAGGUCGAACAUGAUCCUGAAAAACAUAUUGCCAACGCCACAGAAUUAAUCACGGAAGGUCAGCUUAAGGACACACGAGGAAUAAAAUAUUAUUGCUUUCUUUUCGACACUUGUUUCGUGAUAACUCGCCCUACGCGGCGUGUUAACAAAAAAUACAAUUUACCUUUUCCCGUCAUACCCAAGGAACAAAUGUAUGUGCAAGUGGAAGAUAAAAAUACUACAGAAAUCUGUUUCAAGAUCGGAGAAUAUUCUUUCGUAAUGGAAGAUGGGCACAAAAGAAGACACUGGGUUGAUUCAUUCAACAAGAUACAUUCUGAAGUAUGCAUUCCGGAUAAAACAUUUAACACUGACGACAAGGAAAAUUUGUUGAACAACAUAGAGUUAUCGAAAGCAAAAAAUUGCGUUACAAAAGCCUCAAUAUCCAGGAGAACUUCAACGAGCAGUAUAAACGACAAUUUAUUUUCCUUUUCCAUAAGGAAAAGUCUGCUCAAGCAAAAACGCAACAGUAUUGGCUAUAUAUAGUGAAAGCUCAUUUGCAAGCUAUUGUUUCUUCUAUAAAGAGCAAUCUUAUUGGCGUAUUAUACGAAUGAAAUAUUUCUAAUCAAUUGUACAAAAAUUUAAGUUAUUACAAUGAAAAUUAUUCUAAUCGUUUCAAUCUUACUUCGCGAGAUUUGUUUUACAUUUAAAAAUUUUUAAUAACUAAAGAAUUUCAAAGUGAUAAUGUAUUACAUUCUAAAACAACAGUGGUAUAAAUUUAAAUGAUUUAAUUGUAAUGUUUGUAUUUAUACGUAAAUAAUACAGAACAACACAUUUUAUUUACGAUUCACAAUAAUCUCGAGUUAAAUAGACUGACUUAUAUCA